AUGGACUCUUUUGACAUAUUCAAAAAGCUGUCCGUUGGCGCAAAAUUCAAGAAACCAGAAAAGACUGCGAUUAACCUCGAGGAUGACAAAUCCAGUGCGAAACAGAUUAAAAUCAAAACGGUCGGCGACCGUGUUCCUGAAGCGCUUACAACUUUUGACAUGAUGAAAGAAGCCUAUUCUUUGAGUCCAGUGUUGAUGGAAAAUCUCAAAAAUUCUGGUUACACUGUGCCAACGCCUAUUCAGACACAGGCUAUCCCAGUUAUGUUGCAAAAAAGGCAAAUAUUUGCUUGUGCCCCAACCGGCUCUGGAAAAACUGCCGCAUUCUUAGUACCUAUCAUUCAUCAUUUGAAUAAACCAUUAAAUAAAGGAUUCAGAGCCUUAAUUGUAAGUCCAACAAGAGAGUUGGCCAAACAAACAUUAAGAGAAUGUACAAGAUUGUGUGAAGGAAUUGGACUACGAGCACAUACAUUUACCAAAAUUAAUAAAGACAAAGAAAAAUUUAAUCCAAAAUUAGCACAAAAAUUCGAUAUCUUAAUAGCAACACCUAAUCGACUUGUGUUUCUACUGCAACAAGAACCACCAGCUGUUGAACUUAACAACAUUGAGUGGUUAAUAAUUGACGAAUCUGACAAAUUGUUUGAAACUGGAGUUCGAGGUUUUAGAGACCAAUUAGCAAUCAUUUAUAAAGCUUGUGGUCCAAAUGCUAAACGCGCCAUGUUCAGUGCUACAUAUACAGUAGAAGUAGCAAAAUGGUCAAAGAAAAAUCUUGAUGGUCUUAUAGCAGUAACAGUUGGUAAUAGGAACACUACAACCACAACGGUCGAACAGGAUCUAGUAUUUGUUGGCAACGAAGAAGGAAAAUUAAUUGCGAUGAGAGAUUUAGUUAAAAAAGGUCUAUCACCUCCAGUUUUAAUAUUUUUACAAUCUAAAGAGCGUGCGAAAGAACUUUUUAGUGAACUAAUUUAUGAUGGAAUUAAUGUAGAUGCUAUACACUCUGAUAGAACUCAACAACAAAGAGACAAUACAGUAAAGGCCUUUCGAGAAGGAAAAAUAUGGGUUUUAAUUUGUACUGAGCUUAUGGGCCGAGGUAUCGAUUUCAAAGGUGUAAAUUUGGUAAUAAAUUAUGACUUUCCAUCUUCAGCCAUCUCAUAUAUUCAUAGAAUUGGUAGGACAGGACGAGCAGGACGUUCUGGUAAGGCUGUUACAUUUUUUACAAAUGACGACAAACCAAUGUUAAGAAGCAUUGCCACGGUAAUGAGGGAUUCAGGAUGUCCAGUACCAGACUAUAUGUUAGAAAUGAAACGAUUGCAUAAGAACACUAGAAGAAAAUUAGAAAAACAGUCCAUUGAUAGGAAUGAAAUUAGAGCAAAACCACAUAGAUAUCAUAAACCUAAUGCAGAUGUAAAAGAUCCACCAUCAUCUAAAUCAAAGAAAGAAUCAAAUGAUAAAAGUAAAAAAGUAAAAGUAAAAAAAAAUUUAGUGUCAAUUAUUCAUGUUGAUCAGACUUCUAAAGUAGACAAGAAACGAAAAUUAAAUGUUUCCAAAGAACGUAAAGUUGUAAAGAAAACUAAAAAGUCAUCUGUGUAA